AAAAAAAUCAAUGUUCAAUCAACAACAGAAACCAGCCUUUAAAUUCGUCAUUCGUUCAAAAAUAGAAGAAACUUCUUCUUCUUCUUCUUCAAUAGACAAGCAAGUCGAUAAUACAAAUGAUGACACAAAGCAAUCAUUGUUAGAAGAUCGUAAACGUAAACGUAUUGAAACGGGUAACAAUGCUCCUCCUAUUGCUACUAAAAAGAUUCAUAGUCAACUUGAACGUUGGAAUAGAAAGAAGGAAGAACUUAAAAAAGAAAGAGAAGCCGAAGAGGAGGAAGAGAAAGCAAAAAAAAAUUUUGCUGAUUUAAAAUCUCUAAUUUGUAUUCUUUGUCAACGAAAAUUUAAAUCAAAACAAGAUUUAGAAAAACAUCAACAAGUUUCUGAACUUCAUAAAAAUAAUCUGAAUGAUCCUGUUGCUAUAAAUAAAGCAAAAAUGAAAAUGGAUUUUAUGAAAUCUGAACAAGAAGAACAUCAGCAAUUACAAACAGUCGAAUAUCGAAAUAGAGCAGCAGAAAGAAGACAAGCUUAUGGACAACCUGAAAAGCCUAUUUUAACUACACCACUUUCACCACCUAGACCUCUUACCAAGUCACAUGAAUUAGAGACAUUACCAAAGGCUUCUGUUUAUGCACCUAUUUCAGAUGAUAAUAAAGGUGCACGUAUGUUAGCUAACAUGGGAUGGAAAAAGGGUGAAGGCUUAGGUAAACAUGGAACUGGUAUUUUAAAUCCUAUUAAAGCAGAAAGUUAUGCACAGUCAGCGGGCAUAGGUGCAUCUACAAAAAGAGAUGUAUCACUUAAUGAUAGUUAUAGAGAUAGAACUUUAGAUUUGGUAAGUGUGUGUGUGUGUGUGUGUGUGUGUGUGUAAAUUUGUUAUACAUUGUUUAUGAAGAAAAAUAUCACUAUUUUUUAAACAAAAAGAAAAAAAAAGUAAGAAUUGCUUCUAACUUAUAACUUUUUUUUUUCUCCUUUUUGUACUUGUUGCAUUUGGCUAAAAUAAAGGCACGAAAAAGAUUGUUUGGUGAACGUCCAUAAUAAUAAUAAAAAUUACCUUUUUGUAAUUCCGUUGUA